CGCGGGCUCCUUGUCCGCCCGCUGCGUCCGUGUCCUUCCCGCCGCGCUCGCCUCUUCUCGCCAUGAAGGUCGCCGCUGUCGCUUCUUCGCCGCUGCCCGCGGGCGCUGGUGGCCCGCUGAAGGCUGUGCGGCCCGGGGAAGCCGCCCGCUGCGGGCCAGUCCCGGGGGUGUCGCCGGUGGCGGCGGAGCAGGCGGCCGCCGCGCUGCUGUACGAUAUGAAGGGCUGCUACUCGCGGCUACGGGCGCUGGUGCCGACGCUGCCGCGGCACCGGCGGGUCUCCAAGGUAGAGCUGCUGCAGCACGUUAUCGACUACAUCUGGGACCUGCAGCUGGAGCUGCAGUGCGGCCCCCCCCGCCCCGCCGCUGCUGGGGACUCCCCCGAGGCUCCGUGCAUUCCCGCUGCCGAUCGGAUCCUCUGCCGCUGAGACCGCUCUGGACCUUCCACGGACAUCGUUCCCGGGAUCCCGGUCCCACCACGGACAUCAUCCCCGGGAUCCUGGUCCCACCACGGACAUCGUUCCCGGGACCCCGUCCCCGAGCACCGCGGCUCACCCGCAUCCCUGGCUCCCCACCCGCAGCCUGGGCAGGGGGUGCUGUGGGCCGGAUCCUUCCUUCUCAGAUUGCUGAGAGCAUUCCCCGUAUUGUAUAUUACAAUGAUGCUGGAGAAUAUUGUUCUACAAUAGCUGGAGUUUUGUUAUUAAACAAGCCCUGAUGACCACA